GCCGCUCGCGUCAGUCGUUGCACAGCUAAGUACGCAGACGCACCAGCAGCAGCCGCCACCGCUCGGACAGUCAUCAGCCGCACGCUCCUCAGCUCGUCCUCCUCCAGGCGAGCCCCAGCACUGUGCUCCGAGGCCCGAGGUCGCGACAGAUUAGUAUUUCGCUAUAUUUCUUAGAAUAAAUAAAUCAUGUCUGACGACAAUUCAGUUGUUGUUGAUGAUCAAAAAAAGAAGAGAGGCCGACAAGCUAAGACAGAGAAAAAUGCAGUAAAAGAACCCAAAAAGAGAGGUCGAUCAGCAGCAGAAAAGAAUAGUACUGCAAGAGGAGGAAAAUCUGAUAAUGAAGAUGAUGCGCCAGAAGUACCGGCAAAGAGGGGGCGUGGAAGGCCAAAGGGAUCUCACAAGAAGAAGCCCAGUGCAGCAAAAUCAUCCGGACGUGGCCGUGGACGACCUAAAAAGGUAGAAGAAAAACCUGAAAGCACUGGUGAAGAAGAAGACGAACAAGAGGAGGAGGAAGAAGAAGAAGAAAAUUGAACAAGAGAGAUUAUUGCUCGGGAAAAUUUUUAACACAAGCCCUUUCUCUAUUUUCUCUCUUUCGACGACGUCAACGACGACAACUCACACUCAAGUCCUUUGAAUUUUAAGUUUUUUUUUUAAUAAUAAUACUUAGACUGAAAAAUCGUAAUUAGGCCCUCUUCAUCCCCUUUUAAUGACUACAGUUUGUUCAAAUCCUAUUUUUAAAGUACAGAAAAUAAAGAAUCGUUAGAAAGGGAAAGAUCGCCAAAAAUAUGAACAAAUUAAUAAAAUUAAUAUCCAUUGAGUUGGAAAGCGUCGAAAUUAAAAGAAAAAAAAAUUGUAGAAAUCAGGACUGAACGCAAAUGUGUAGUAUAAACUAUACAGCGACAUGUAUUUCUAUAAAAUAAUUUUAUUCCAAUCCAAUAAUCCGAUACUGGAAAUAUAGUAAAUUUGUGGGUAACCAUUUACAAAAUUGACCAGGCUCAAAGGCAAGUCUCAAUCAAAUGUUUUCGAUUUUAUUUAAAUGAAUAGAGUAGAAUUUUAUUGUGCACUUUCUCCUUUCUCCGUCUGUACUGUAUAUGGUGUAUCAUUACUUCAUAAGCUCAUUAUCUUGACUCUUGUGCAAAUUGAAUCCAGCCAAGUUUAAGGAAUUAAAGUUACAACAGUGAAUGAUGCUUUGUGUAUGUCGCGGAUGCAAGAAAGAACUUUUUUUUAUUACUAUAUGAAAAGUAAAUAAUAAAAAAAGUCCUAUUUCUAUGCAAACAUAAUUUGAGUGAGUGUCAAAUUUGUAUUAAAGUAAAUAAAUUCGCAGAAUACAUCUUGUGACUAA